CGAGAGGGGCUUUAACGACGCAUCGGUCAGCUCGGUCACUGUGCGGCAGACUCGUCUUGCGAUGCUCUGCGAUUGGGCUGAAUGCAUGGUUCGCCGGUGUAGUUACGAGUUAGCCUAGCAGGGCUGAGCAAGCAUAUCCUCGUGAUGAGGCUCUGUUGCGAGAGUGAAGAUGUAUAUGUACCAGCGCCGAGACGCUGCGGGAUGGAUUGCAUCCUAAGCAGAUUGACACUUACUUGUUCUGAAACGGUUCACAACAUCUCGGUUAGGGAGCGCAAUCUGCAAGUCGAUUCACAUCGGGACCAGUCGCAUACGACAUCGCCCUCGAAAACAGGAUCCGGCUCCUUAGCCAAGACUGAGGGUUAGCAUACAUCACCAGAAAUCCGAUUGCUCAAGCCGUCAAAACGGAUCUCCUUCUAGUCUACCGCCUCUUCCAUCCCGAAGACUUCAACACAAUGUCAUCCUACGGCGCAGCCCAUUUGGGGCAACUGCAUCCAGGUUACCAGCCUCAGCCACAGCAGCAACGAACACGCUCACACUCCAACCCGCCAUACCCCACUACCCCAGGCUUAGCGACAUAUCCGCAGCAGCAGUCAAGCUACUUCCCUCCUCCGCCGACUGCGCCAUAUCAACAACCAUCACCUGCCUCAAACCCAAUAGCAAUUCCAGCAUCGAACCGAAGACGCUCGUCAGACUACGCAUACGGCUACGGCACAUCACCUUCCUACCCACCACCCUCAAGCCCAUACUCGAAUUCCUACCCAGCACAGCAUCUCCAGCCUAUCCCACAGCAGCAACCCAUUCCAGAAAAUUAUCAAUACUCGCCUCAACAGCAGCAGGCUGUGAUGUCAAGCUCGCCCACCUAUCAACAUCACCGCCGCCGCUCAUCCUCCUCACAGUACGGCUACGACCCCCGCCAGUCCUACGAAUCUGCACACUCGCAUCAUGACCAUACCGGUCCGGACUACUACGCGCGGCACUCACAGAAUGGGCAUGGGAUUUGUGAUGAAAGGUGGAAUUCUGGGAAUGGAAAUGGGCCUGAGCCGCCGAAGGGCUACGGCGAUUGGGACAAGGCGGAAGUGAGCAAGUAUCAGAAGAAUCAGAAUUUGGAGCGGAGGCCGACGUUGGGGGGCAGUCUGAUGAGUUUGGUUAAGAAGGUUGGAGGGAGUGAGAGGCGUUGACGCUGAGACUGGAACGCAAGGAGGGCCACGUGAGGAAAGAUUAAGAGGUGAAAGAUGGGAAGAGUGCGAGAGUGAUGAGAGGCGGAGGAGCGGCAGGAGGAGAGCAUAUCGGCGCUGGUCGCCUGGCGUUUAGGUUCCGAUACCCAUUUCAUAGCUUACUGUUGUAAUUGUUAUAUCAAAGUAUACGCGCGAAACAUACAUCUCGCCCCUGAGAGCAUCAUACAUAUACUGUCUCCUUAUGACAUACAUAAAUUCGCCAUUACGUUACUUGG